AACAUUUUAUCUGAAUGUUGUAACGCCCCAUUAUAAAUAUAUAUGCUUGUAAACAGUUUUAUUAACGUUUUUCUCAAACUAUUAACGAUGGCGGCGGAACACAGCCGAAUUAAAGCAAACGGCGUUAUGCUCAGAGGUGUUGGCUCAGAUAAAACUGGUGUUUAUUUGCCACUCUGCACAAAAGAAGGUUGAUGGGCAUAUACAAUAGAAUCGUAAAAUAUAUGAAAUCAAAAAAUUAAACAAAUAAAUAUGCUCAAAUUAAGUGUUCAAAUAACUGUGAUAAUUGUUUCGUUAUGUUUAAUACAUUCCUCCGAGGCAUUGCUAAGACGUUGUUUCCAAUGUCGUUCUCGAGGGGAAUUGGGUAGCUGUAAAGAUCCAUUUACCUUCAACGCGACAGAUGUUGAAAAGGAAUCGGGAGUUGCAGCAAUUCCUUGUGCGUCGGGAUGGUGCGGCAAAGUUAUUGAAGGGGGCGGAACCUACGCUGUAGAUGAUUACGAUCAAGCCAUUCAACGCAUGUGUGUUCAACGUGGACCUGAUGACAAUCAAGAUCGAUGCGCUAAUACCGUUUACAACUACAAAAAAGUGUACAUGUGCUUCUGUCAAGGUGACUUGUGCAAUGGCAGUGAGAAGGCAAUAAAUCACCGAAAUACAAUGAAACUGAUUAUACUAGGUGCAAUAAUGUUAGCGGUGGUUUACAACAGAUAUAUAUAACAUAGAAAAACAUUGUUAUAAGUGAUUUAAUUGAGUAUAUGUAUACACAAUCAAUGAUUUAAAAUAAAAGCGUAUUUAAAAAAAUUUAAUCAAAAUAGAUA